GGAGGAGGAGGAAAAAGAGGAGGAGGGAACCGGAGCAGGAAGGAAGACGGGCAGGCAGGCAGGCGGUGAAUGCUAACAAGCUCCGCUGUAACCAUAAAGCUCCGUAGGCUCGGGUUUGACCAAACAUAUGGGAUUGAAAAGGACCGACGAGCGCUAAUUGAGUCCUAAUAUGCGCCAGUGCCGCGUUCGCCCUGUGCGCGUGCAACAGCCUCGCGGCCGUCGGCACCUUUGAUCUGGAAAAACCGUCUUUUCUUUUUUCUCCUGCUGAGUGAAAUGUAUCGAGAUUGCACGGGAUUCACGUUCUGACAAUGGAGAUUGAAAAUAUCGUGGCCAACACGGUUCUCCUGAAGGCGAGAGAAGGUGGAGGAGGCAAGAGGAAUGGCCGCAGUAAGAAAUGGAAGGAGAUGCUUAAACUCCCGCACAUCAGCCAAUGCGAGGAGCUUCGACGAACUAUCGAGAGGGACUUCACCAGUCUAUGCGAGAAGCAGCCCAUCGGCCGGCUGCUGUUCCGUCAGUACUGUGACACCCGGCCAGAGCUGAAGCGCUGCAUCGACUUCAUGGACGCUGUGCUGUCCCAGAUGCUCUCUUGCUUGUCGUGUUUCUCCCCUCACAUCGUCCAUCUGUCAGCUGGGUCUCGGCCUACAUCGGGCCGUGCAGAACGAGAAAUGGGAGCGGCCAUGUACCAGCUAGCUCCCGACGAGAAGAGGAGGGACUGUGGACUGAAUGUAUUAGACACAUACUUUAAUAACGGGUCGGCGGCCCAUCUACCCGACAUUCCCCAGGACGUUAUCGCUCGGUGCCGAGAGAGGCUGGAGCAGAGUCCAUGCAAGGAGCUCUUCAACGACUGCACCAAAAUAGUUCGCGAUUAUCUGAGCGGAGCUCCAUUUUCCUCCUACCAGGAGUCCAUGUACUUUUCUCGCUUCCUGCAGUGGAAAUGGUUGGAAAGGCAACCUGUAACCAAAAAUACCUUCAGACAUUACAGAGUACUAGGAAAAGGUGGAUUUGGCGAGGUUUGUGCCUGCCAAGUACGUGCCACCGGUAAGAUGUACGCCUGUAAAAAGCUGGAAAAGAAACGGGUGAAGAAGAGAAAAGGUGAAGCAAUGGCACUAAACGAAAAACGCAUAUUAGAAAAAGUUAACAGUAGUUUUGUAGUUAGUCUAGCUUAUGCCUAUGAGACCAAGGACGCGCUGUGCCUGGUCUUGACCUUAAUGAAUGGUGGCGACUUAAAGUUCCACAUCUACAACAUGGGAAACUCUGGCUUUGACGAGCAAAGGGCCCUUUUCUACGCUGCUGAGAUCUGCUGUGGCCUUGAGGAUCUGCACCGCGAGAGGAUAGUCUACAGAGACUUGAAGCCUGAAAACAUCCUUCUGGAUGACCGUGGGCACAUUCGGAUCUCCGACUUGGGUCUCGCUGUUCAGAUCCCUGAAGGGGAGACGAUACGAGGGAGAGUGGGCACAGUUGGCUACAUGGCUCCCGAGGUGAUCCAGAACGAGAACUACACCUUCAGCCCGGACUGGUGGGGUCUGGGCUGUCUGAUCUUCGAGAUGAUCCAGGGCCAGUCGCCCUUCCGGAAACGCAAGGAGCGGGUCAAGCGGGAGGAGGUGGACAGACGGGUGCGCGAGGACCAGGAGGAGUACUCUGAUAAGUUCUCAGAGGAUGCGAAGGACAUCUGCAGGCAGCUCCUGGCCAAGGACCCCAAGGAGAGGCUGGGCUGUCGAGGUUGCGGGGCCACCGAGGUCAAGCAGCACCCCAUCUUCAGAAACAUCAACUUCAAACGGCUGGAGGCCAACAUGCUGGACCCUCCCUUCAUACCAGAUCCUCGAGCCGUGUACUGUAAAGAUGUCCUGGACAUCGAGCAGUUCUCCACUGUCAAAGGCGUGAACCUUGACCCCACGGAUGACGACUUCUACUCGAAGUUUGUCACAGGCAGUGUCUCCAUCCCGUGGCAGAACGAGAUGAUUGAGAUGGAGUGCUUCAAAGAAAUCAACAUCUAUGAGACCGACGGGAUGCUGUGCCCAGACCUGGACAUGAACCGGCCCAACCCUCCACCGAAGCGGGGCUUCUUCUACCGCCUGUUCAGAAGAGAGGCAAGUGCUAGCGCUGCGGCGACUGUCCGAGGGGGUGGGGGCUAAGGUACUUCCUGCUUUCCUGGCUUUCCUCUUUUGUUGUCCAUCCCGCAGGCCUUGUCCAAAUUCAGAAAGGACAUUACUUCACAUGGAAUCUGAAGGUUUUAUUAAUGCACCUUUGUGAGUUUGUUAGAAUAAGGCCUGUCUCUUGUCUUUGUCCUUUUUCUGGGGUUGGCAGAUUCACUACUUUUUAUGUCCUCUGUGGUAUUCGCUGUAAAACUGGCAUUUUCAUGUGGGAAGGCAGAACAGGAAACAUUGCUUUAGGAAAAAAAUAUUUCAGUGUUUAUCAGUCCUAUGCAGUCAUACUCCAGGAGCAGCUUCACUUUUUGUCACAUUUAAACUACAAACUUCAUGUUACUAUGUGAUUCUUCUCCUAUUUUUAUAAGGUGAAAGGAUAGUUUUUGUCUUUAUGUAGUUAUUUAUUUUCAUAUAAAAGCCACCAUUUAGCCACCUUUCAUGAUUCACCUAAAUAUUGUAUUGCAUUUUCCCUUCACUUCACAAUUAUUUACCACUUUUUGUUGGAGCAUUACAUAAACUCUAAAUGAAAACACUGAAGUUUUUGGUUGUGACAUUUGAAGAAUUUUGCAAAACAAGCUUUAGUUUCUCCUGCUUUUCCAAACCAGUGGAUCAUCUCCUUAUGCCUUCAUUCUUUUUUUUUUUUAUUUUGUCUUUCAAAUAU